UGAAUUGAAGAAACUAAUUUUUCAAUAUUUCUUUUUUUCUUUUAAACUGGAAAUUCUCCAACUUAUAGUGGUGUGACACUCUUUCUACAGCUGAUUCAAAUGUAGCUUUAUCGACAUAAGCUAUUAUCUCACACGGCGUUAAUGUAUUAUUUCGAUUAUUAGGACUAAAUUUAACUCCCAAGUAAAAGGUUUUGCCAACUCGUAUGUUGACAAGGGCCAGAUACAUAUGCACUAUAGCCAAUAGCUAAUCUGCUAAGUAGAGGUCACAGAUGUUGUUUAUCAAGGAACCUUCCGAAGUUCCGAUAAGUCUGUGGGAUACAGCAGGGGAGGUAUGCUUUGACGAACUUGGUUGUUUCGGAGAUAGUCGCCCUUUUACCAGCUUACAAAGACCAAUACCUUAUCUUCCAUGGAGCCCGGUUGAAUUAAACACCGAGUUUUGGCUGUACACCAGAUUAAACAGAAGAACCUAUAACGUACUAAAAUACAAUGACCAAACUUCAAUAAACAACUCUCAUUUUCGUGCCAUCCGACCAACAAAAUUUCUUGUCCACGGUUUUGUGUCGAGUGGAGAAACCAGUUGGGUUCAGGAUAUGAAAAACGUGUUGCUGGAUGCCGAAGAUGUAAACGUGAUUGUUGUUAACUGGGAACAAGGAGCUAAUCCUAAGCUCAAUUACGGCCAAGCUACCGCCAACACUCGUGUCGUAGGGGCGGAGAUUGCUCUCUUAAUUAACAGGCUUGAGGAGCAAUCAGGAGCUUUGGAAAAGAAUGCUCACAUCAUCGGGCACGGCUUGGGCGCACACGUUGCUGGCUAUGCUGGUGAAAGAUUAAAACGUUUAGGUCGAAUUACCGGCCUGGAUCCAGCUGAGCCGUUUUAUCAAGGAACGGAUCCCGUAGUACGGCUCGACCCAACAGACGCGCUGUAUGUGGAUGCCAUACAUACUGACGGAAAACCGUACUGGCAAUUUGGAUGGGGCAUGAUGGACCCGGUGGGACAUGCCGACUUUUAUCCCAACGGAGGACAAGACCAACCCGGCUGCCCUGGCAACGAAGAAGAAUCAGGUAACUGGUGGGAGGUGACAUGCAAUCACGGUCGUUCAUGUGAACUCAUGAUCGAUUCGAUCGUGAACGCUAAAACUCCCAUGAUCGGACACCCGUGUGCUGACUACGAUUCCUACUUGACGGGUAAAUGCGAUAACUGCGCUGAAGCCGGAUGCGCUACUUUAGGUUACUACUCGGACGCCAACGCACAGAAAGCAGUUUCUGUCAAAUAUUAUCUGCAAACAAGAAGUGAAGUGCCGUUUACUUAAGCUGAAUAUAUAGUAACUGCCAGCACUGAUAUAUUUCAUUCGAUAUUUGUCAUAAACUUAUAAAAGUGUCAAAAUAUAAAACAUUCGUAGUUGACAAUGUCGUAAAACAUAAAAAACAGUAUUGAGCCAUGCUUAAAUAAUCCUAAUAUACCUUCAAAGUUACUUAAGUUCCUGUGUCAACUUACCACCAGCUGUUCGAUCAGUUUAACCCUACGAUAUUCUAAUACGUAAUAAAAUAUAGAUAGGAUGGGGGAGGAUGGGACACUUGGUCAGACGAGACUUUUUAUUUAUUUUUUACCCACCCCCAUUUAAUGAUAGUCAGAAAAAUGAUGUUAUGGAAUUAUUCGACAGUAAUAUACUUUUUGUCAAUGAUAUACGUAACAGCAACAUAUAAUACGCGGCUUAACCUGUACCUAAAUGUUAGUCCCUAUGAAGUCUUACGUAAAUUUUGUCCAGAAUAUUUAUCAAGAAAAAAAACAUUGAA